AGAUAUUUAAGUGUACUGGAAUACUUGGAGCGCAGACUGACUGUGAAACAGGUGGAGAACCCAUGUCUGCCAUGAAGAUAACAGGAGUUUUUGUGCUUCUCGCCCUGGCAGUUCUUUGCUUAGCAAAUGCUGCCAAGCAGGAUGAGGUAGACUGCAGUGAAUACAGGAGGUUAGAGAGAGGAAGACCUAUUUACUGCGAAAAGCUCUACCAACCUUUCUGUGGCUCUGAUGGGAAAACAUACAACAACAAAUGUUCUUUCUGCAAGGCAGUCCUGAGGAGCAGAGGAGCCUUACAUAUGAAGCAAGCAGGCGUAUGCUGAAUUAAUUCUGCAUGACAGAGAAGAAUGCCAAGAACAGCUUUACACUGCCUUAUCAUGAUCUCCUAAUUUAAUUUCAUUCAUCUUGCCUGUACUAAUAAUAGUGAACAAAGCUCCACGUACACCUUUCAGCCGUGCUCUGAUGUCUGCUGCUUCUCCCUGCUUCAGAGUGCAGGGACUGACACUUCUGUCAUCCCUGCAAAUCUUCCUCAGGAUACCCAUAAGCAUUCCUCUUUCUGUAGCAUAUAGGUUUUCAUGUGAGCACUGCAUUAUGUAUUUGUCUCCAUAUUGAAAGUUCAAAUCCUUACAUUGCCACCUGCAGGCAUUGCUCAGUUUUCCUUGCUGGAGCUUGCUCCUCCUUGUUCUUUUCAGAUUCUUCCUUUCAAAAGCUUCAGCUUUCCUAUGAAGUACAUGGACUCUUCCAGUUUUGUAGCUAAAUUUUUAAUUCUCAUUUUUUCUUUUAACUUUGUACAAUUCUGAUUCACAUACGUUGUGUAACUUCUUAGGUUGCAUGUUUAUUAAAAUAAAUGUAGGCUCUUU